AUGCAAAGGCUCGGCCACGCCCUGACGAUCAUCCCACGAACCUUUGCCAGCUCAGCUCCAUUCCAACGAUUCAUCAUGCGCUUCUUCGAGACCGGCGUUGCCUUCCUGGCCUCGGCCGCUGCCGUUUCGGCGCAGUGUGCCCUCCCGUCUACCUACCGCUGGACGUCGUCAGGGGCGCUGGCUCAACCCAAGAACGGCUGGGCUUCGCUCAAGGACUUCACCUACGCCAACUACAAUGGCCGGCACCUGGUUUACGCCACGAACCACGACCAGGGCACGAAAUGGGGCUCGUUCGCGUUCGGGCUCUUUGACAACUUCAACCAGAUGGGCUCCGCGUCCCAGACCGCCAUGAGCCAGGCCGCCGUGGCCCCGACGCUCUUCUUCCACCGUCCCAAGAACGUGUGGGUUCUGGCCUACCAGUGGGGGCCCACCACGUUUUCCUACAAGACGUCCAGCAACCCGACCAACCCCAACGGCUGGUCGGCGGCCCAGCCGCUCUUCACGGGCCAAAUCACCGGCUCCAGCACCGGCGCCAUCGACCAGACCGUCAUCGGCGACGGCACCAACAUGUACCUGUUCUUUGCCGGAGACAAUGGCAAGAUCUACCGCGCCAGCAUGCCCAUCGGCAACUUCCCCGGCAGCUUUGGGUCCAACUACCAGACCGUGCUGUCCGACACCACCAACAACCUGUUCGAGGCCGUGCAGGUAUACACCGUGCAGGGCGGCACCGGCAACGCCAAGUACCUCAUGAUCGUCGAGGCCGUCGGGUCCAACGGCCGAUACUUUAGGUCUUUCACCGCCGCCAGCCUCGGCGGCAGCUGGACGCCCCAGGCCGCGACCGAGUCGAACCCCUUUGCCGGCAAGGCCAACAGCGGCGCCACCUGGACCAACGACAUCAGCCACGGCGACCUCGUCCGCAGCAACCCCGACCAGACCAUGACCAUCGACCCUUGCAACCUGCAGCUGUUGUACCAGGGCCGUGCACCCAACUCGGGCGGCGACUAUGGCAAGCUGCCUUACCGCCCUGGGUUGCUGACGCUCCGUCGUUAG